AUGUCUGAUUCUGCACCGAAACUAAGUGAAGGAGUCAUCACCAAAGGGACUGGUGUGGAGAAGGAGUCAGUGGAGAGCAAGAGAUCAGUAAGGGUAGAGGAUGAUGCAGUUUCGGAUUCUAGUGCCGCCAUCUUAGACGUGGGGAGACGAAGAACAGAAGAAAAACGUCUAGUUCGAAAGCUCGACAUGCGCCUUCUGCCAACAAUAAUUCUCAUUUUCAUCAUGAAUUAUAUUGAUAGGACCGCCGUGACAACCGCAAGGUUAAAAGGUCUCGAACAAGAUCUCGGCCUUUCUGACAUUCAAUAUGAUACUGUCGUUGCUAUUCUAUAUGUCUCAUAUUGCCCUGCACAAAUUCCAUCCAAUAUGGUAUUAUGCUUAGUCAGUGUCACCCACCUCUUUAACAAGGCCCUCAAUUAUGAAUUGGCUUUUAGGUCUGCUAUCCUUUAUGGCGGCCUACUUGUAUCAAAUGCUUUUGGCAGUGGUGCCAUUACCAUCUGCGUUGGCUUCUUUUCUAUGUGGGCAUUGCCUGACUACCCUGUGAAUACACGUUGGCUAUCACCCACGGAGAGGCGUUUAGCCCAAGCCCGGCUCGCAGAGGAUGCAGGUGAAGCGGAUCAGGACCGCGAAGGCGAAUCGAUGUGGACAGGCCUAAAAUUAGCCUGCAAAGAUGUAAAGGUGCAUAUCUUUUCCCUCAUGGGUAUAUCGCAGCUCCUGGGAUUGAGCUUCGUGAACUUCUUCCCAACUCCACCGUGGAUUUUCGCUACUAUCGUUUGUUGCCUGAACGCCUUUCAUGCUGACCGAUCAGGCGAGCGUUUCUUACACCUUGCCGUGCCUUGGUGGGGUGUCAUGGUCGGCUACAUUAUCGGAGUAUCAACUUUCUCUGUUGGUGGUCGGUACGUUUCCAUGUUCCUAAUGGCUAGUGGAUAUGCAGGCUUCGCACUAACUUUGGUCUGGGUAUCGAAUGCCAUUCCGAGGCCUCCAACCAAGCGCGCGGCAGCAAUGGGUAUUGUAAAUGGAUUCGGUAACAUUGGGAACUUGUGCGUACUCUCUGCCCAAUGGGGGCCGGCGUAUCACCAAUCCAUGUUCAUCGGUAUCGCGGCACUAGCACUCAGUUCUUGCCUCGGAUUCCUGCUACGAUGGAUGCUAAAGCGCGAGAACGAAAGGCUCGAUAGAGACGAGCUUGGUGCGCUCAAGGGCGCAAACCGCCCACGCAUUGAAGAAUUCGCGCGUUUAGAAGGUAUCACGAUCGAGGAAGCCAUGGAGAGAAAGCGAGGAUUCAGGUAUCUCUACUAA